UGUAACAACAACAUUUGCAGCAUUUCUUGCAAAACGCUGAGGGUUUUUUCAUCGAUUAAGCAUGGUUUUAUUCUUCAAGGAUUGCCAGUUCACGGUGGAUUUUACUUCCAAGCACUUUGCUUACAAACGAAAGCAAGAAAUCCGUCGAAAUAUCGUUGACCAUGGAGGAACAAUUUCGUACAUACUGAAUAACAAGACCAAGUACUUCGUCUCAGAAAACAAAGAGGUAGACGACACAUACAAGGGCAGGGCAGCUCUGAAACUUGGUAUACCGAUUGUGUCAUUGUCAUUUAUUGACGACUGCGCGGAACAGCAGAAGUUGUUGGAAAGCGAUGAAUAUCUCACGAUUGGCAAGUCCUUGGCCAACCAGUUUUCCUCUGGUAUCAUCAAAGCAGCUUCCAAGACACCGAAUGUCUCGAAACAAAAGACACAAAAGCCCCUGACAUUGGCAAAUCUUAGAGCUACAAGGGUUUAUCGGUUUAAUCAAGAUAACGAGUCUAUUCCUUUCUUUCCAUCUGAUGAUUUUGAAAUCGUUAAACAUUCGUGGUUUAAGAAAUCUGACAAAAAUGGGUUGUUUCGUUUUGUCGCUAUUGAAUUGCAUAUCAGUACUGCCAAGGAAGAUGAAAUUGACGUCGAAAAAUCACAUCCAAGUCAUCGUAUAUUCUCUCAUUCUGGAAUCCUUCAAAAGGGAAUCGAUGUGAAUGAGAAACCUGACAAAAAGGAAUGUCGUUUUGCCGACAACUCCGAUACUGCUGAGCAAUUGUAUUCCCUUUUCUGUUCACAACAACAGCCCGAAUACCGUCGGCAAUUCUCAGCCUUUCCUCCUGGUGUUGGAUCACAUAAAAUGAUUUCUAACAAUAUAUCCAGUGAAGUAUUGAACAAAGAAAAUCUGUCUCCUCCUGUGAAAGCGCUUGUCCACAGCAUUUCGUCUGAAGCGAUUGGAGAGCUGAGUUCUCUAAUGUGCGACCCGGUUGAACGGCUCAAACUGGAGGAUAUCUCAAAAGCUGAAGGAGUAUUGCAAGCUAUCCGAGAAAUUCUCGACAAAGGCGAUGCUUCCGAUGAAAAUUUGGGGAAAUAUUCUCAGGAGUUUUACUCGCUCGUUCCACACAACAAGGAAUACGUGAAAGAAAUAACUACAAAGCGAGUUAUUGCAGAAAAACAGGAUCUCUGUCAGUUAAUUAAAGACAUCUUAAAUGUAAACGAAGCGACGAAUUUCUCAACGCGAAGCAGCGACGAAGCAAAAUACAAAGCGUGCGGUUGUCAUCUUGAAAGUCUUUCGAAGACAACAGACGAAUACUUGAACAUUGUCAAUAAAGUGCUGUCAUCCUCGACCAGAAAUAUCAAAGUACAGAACAUAUUUUCAUGCCAACGUCCAGCCGAGUCAGCGCAUUUCCAAUCCCAUCUUGGAAACAUUCGUCAACUCUUCCAUUCCUCGAAAGCGCAAAAUUUCCUGGGUAUUUUAUCCCGGGGUCUUCUUCCCCCCAAAAUUGUGGUCCGUGAUUUCGGAGGUGAGCGCUCGGACGCUGGUAACUUGGGGACUGGAAUCUACUUCGGUUCGGAUGCGACGACGAGUGUGAAGUACUCAUCCCCAGGAAAAACUCGGGGAACACGGUUACUUCUUAUAUGCGAGGUUGCGUUAGGGCGUACGAAGGACUUCACAGAAUUCACCUAUGAUUUGGAGCAUGCGCCCGAUGGUUACCAGAGCUGUCACGGUGUCAAAAACCAGCCAAAUUCUUGUCCAUCAGAAUUUGAAGAAGACGAAUAUGUUGUUUACUCUGUCAACCAACAAAGGAUUCGAUAUUUGGUCGAGUUUAAUUUACCAGAAGACGAUGUAAAGGAUGUCAUCAUCGGAGAUACUGUCAUUGGACGUGAAAGUGAAGAUGUUCUUGUUGAACCCACAACAGCAAUUUCUCUUGACGAUGAAGCAAUGUCAUCAUCGGAUGAAGAAGAAUUUGCUCCGAAUAUUACAACCUCUGAUAUCGAGGCUGUUGAAGAUCCACUGACCAAAGUUAAACCAGGAUUGCGAUCUGAUGGAGACACCUUGGUGCCUUUAAAAUCCGUUCAUAUUAGAGCGAAACUUUUGGACCUUUGUGCGAAAGUCGUUGUCAUGCAAGUUUAUGAGAAUUCAAAUGACAAACCAAUUGAAGCCAAAUAUGUUUUUCCAUUAGAUGACAUGGCUGCCGUGUGUGGUUUUGAGGCAUUUAUCAAUGGUAAACAUAUCGUUGGUGAAGUAAAGGAGAAAGAACAAGCCCACAAGGAGUACAAGAAAGCAAUAAGCGAGGGGCAUGGGGCUUAUUUGAUGGACGAGGAGACGCCAGAUGUGUUUACGGUUAGUGUUGGUAAUAUCCCUCCCGGAGCGACCGUCUUGAUCAAGAUAACUUACGUUGCUGAGCUUGCUGUUGAAGAUGAAAAUAUAGUGUUCAGUCUCCCCGGUUCCCUCGCACCAUGGUCACGUGAUCAGGCGCUGAAAGAAAGCACACAAAAUAUUCUUCAGAGUUUUCAAGCUGGUGAUGAUAAUUCUUGUGAUCUUUCUGUUCAAAUUGCUGUUGAGAUGCCGUUCGAUAUAAGAACACUGGACUGUCCUACACACGCUGUUAGAUUAAAGAAAACAGCAACAAAAGCAGUUCUGGAGAUGAAGGAAGGCCAAAAACUGGACAAUGGAUUUCAAUUGUUGAUCGGUCUCGCGGAAAUCCACGUUCCACGAAUGUGGGCCGAGAGACAUCCCGAAAACGCAGACUCGCAGGCUUGUAUGUUGUCUUUUUAUCCCGAAUUCGAGGCAGACCAGAUUGAAAAUGUUGAAUAUAUCUUCCUAUUAGAUGUGUCUUGCUCAAUGAAGGGAACUUCUAUUGACAAUGCAAAGAAAAUUUUUCUUCUUGCUCUGAACAAACUACCAGCCAACGCUAGAUUUAAUAUCGUUGCUUUUGGAAACCAGUGGUUGGAAUUAUUUCCGUCAAGUGUUGAGAAGACGGAGAAAAGUUUGAAAGAAGCUGCUGCUUUUGUUAAAAACCGCACCAGUGAUAUGGGAGCCACGGAUCUCUGGAAGAUUCUAAGAGCUUUAAGUCUACUACCGGUGAGAUCCAAUGUCCACGUGAGGAACGUGUGCAUUCUCAGUGAUGGGCACGUGACUGAAACCGAGAUGGUUUUGAGACUGGCAACCAGUGGCUUCGCUCAGACCAGGAUAUUCACGUUUGGUGUAGGCUCUUCUGCAAACCGUUAUUUCUUGCGGACUUUGGCAAAAGUUGGCGCCGGUGCCUCGGAAUACUUUGACGAGAAAGUCAAGUCAAAAUGGAAAAGAAAAGUAGAGUCGUUUAUCUCGAGGUCGCAACAACCUGUUCUGACGUCAGUAUCUGUUGCUUGGCAACAGUUUGAUAAUGACGCACCAACUCCAAUCCAGGCCCCAAGCCAAAUAUUGUCGCUUUUCAAUGGCUCGAGACAAGUGGUGUAUGGCUUUGUUCCUUACUGUACCCAGGCGACAUUAAAAGCUAUGAUCAAUGGCAAGGAGAUUUCAACAAUGGUCUCAACGUCAGAACUGAGUAUCACCUCUGGUUCAACCUUGCAUCAGCUGACAGCCAGAGCACUGAUUAAUGAUUGGGAAGAAGGUUUACUUGCUCCAGACCACCUCCAUCACCAGGCGGUCAAGGUAUCUCGGAAAGAUUAUAUUAUUGAAAUAAGCAAGAAAUACUCAGUCACGUCAAAGUUCACAAGUUUUGUCGCAAUUGAAAAGCGUGAAGAAGGCGAGACCUUUGAUUCGACAACUGCGCCGGACAUCGACGAAAUUCUUGAUGGAGAAGAUGUGGAUAUCUUGGGAUAUAUUGGGUUCGAGGAGGACGAUGAGGAAUCAGAGGGGGAUUCAGAGGACUCAGAGGAUGAAUCAGAGGAGGAAUCAUUGUCUUCUGGUGAUAUUGAUGAACUUUUGGGUGCAGCUCAUGAGCCUGCAUAUCCUGGUUUGAUGGUGCGUAAUUUUUCUCCCGAAUUUACGGAUUUCGAUUGUUCGCCUCGAUUAUAUGAUUCUUCUGGUGAUGAAGAAAUUUAUGGUUUCGGUGGAGGGUCAAGCGAGCUUUGUUUUGAUAUGGACGUAGAGAAAUGUUCUUUGGAAUGUUCUCUGGUGCCACCAAAGGAACGUUCUUUAAGUCCUGGAUUUCCAAUUAUGAACACAUUCUCAACAGGACAUGAUUUUGAAGAUAUUUAUGAUAUAGUGCCACCAAGGGAAAGUUCUUUAAGUCCUAGAUUUCCAAUUAUAAACACAUUCUCAACAGGACAUGAUGUUGAAGAACUUGAUGAUUUGCCUCCAGAUCUAGUGCCACCAAAGGAACGUUCUUUAAGUCCUGGAUUUCCAAUUAUGAACACAUUCUCAACAGGACAUGAUUUUGAAGAUAUUUAUGAUAUAGUGCCACCAAGGGAAAGUUCUUUAAGUCCUAGAUUUCCAAUUAUAAACACAUUCUCAACAGGACAUGAUGUUGAAGAACUUGAUGAUUUGCCUCCAGAUCUAGGGGCACCAAGCGGACGAUCUUUGAGUACUGAAUUUCCAGUUAUGAACACAUUCUCACCAGAUUUACAUGAUGAUAAUGAUGAAAGUAAAGCCGAGGAUAUGGACUUUGGAUUAUUCAGUGAUGAUGAUGAUCCACGAGCAAAAUUAAGGUCCAAAAAAUCUUUGAGACGAGGUGUUCCAUCUCGUAGUGCUAAAGAAGAAGGUGUAGCAUCGCCACCACGCCCUCCUCCCCCUGUUCCGAGCUCUACGAACGCACAGACAUUAGAUUUACAUGAUGAUGAUGAUAAAAGUGAAGGCGAUGAUAUGUGCUUUGAUGAUGUGGUAGAUGAUCCACAAGCAAAAUUAAAACUUGCUUCUCUCCUCGGAAAGAUAAAGUCCAAAAAAUCUUUGAGACGAGGUGUUCCAUCUCGUGGUGCGAAAGAAGAAGGUGUAGCAUCGCUCCCACCCCCUGUUCCGAGCUCUAGGAUCGCUCCGACAUUUGAAAUCGUACCUGAUUUGAGACAGACUUUUGGUGGUGGAGAAAUAUCUCACUCAAUAAGAGAUGAGGUUCUAAUACCGCGUUCGCGAAGUUCUGCCUACGGCAGGUCCUCCUUACCUGAUUCUGCUGAACAGAAGAAAGAAGAAGACGUGGUGUCCAAGAACGAUACCUUUGGAGGAUUUUCGUUUGGUAUUGAGCAAGCUCAGACGGCUAAACAAAAACCACAAGAAGAACAAGAAACACCAUCCCCGGCUGCUCCACCCUUGCCGCCCAAGUCCGGCAUCAGGUCACGGGAUCCCCCUCUACCGCCUAUGCCAAGCAGUUCCUUUCUGCGAUGCUAUAGCGCUUCAGAACCAAAAGCAUUGGAAUCGUUGCAUUCUCUCAAGUCGAAGAGAAGUGUCAAGAUGGCAUCCCCCACCGCUUCACCACUGCGCGUUGAGUCACGGCAUUCCCCUCCACCCUCUCCACCCUCUAUAUAUACACCCCUUAGCGCCAGUUCCUCUAUUAUUCCAUGCUAUGACGCUUCAGAAGCAAAAGAUUCUUCUGAAGAGAAGAAAGAAGAAGAUGGGGUGUCCAAGAACGAUACCUUUGGAGGAUUUUCGUUUGGUAUUCAGCAAGUUCAGACAGAUAAACAACAGCCACAAGAAGAACAAGAAACACCACCCCUCGCCGCUCCACGCCUGUUCUCCAAGUCACCGUUUAGCAUCGCCUACCGUAGACGAAGCUUUGGGAUUUUGAAAACAGAAGAAAUGGAAUCUGAUUCCAGGCGUGGUUUUGAUGGAGAAGCAAAACCUCACUUAAUACGAGAUGAGGUUCCAAAGAAUCUACGAAGACCUAGCUACUUCAAGCCUUCCUUACCUGCAGACUCUCCUGAACAGAAGAAAAAAGAAGAUGAGGUCUCGGUGAAGGAUACCUUUGGAGGAUUUUCGUUUGGUAUUCAGCAAGUUCAGACGCAUAGACAGCAACCACAAAAAGAACAAGAAAUGCCUGCCGGGGCCGCUCCACCCUUGCUCUCCAAGUCACCGUUUAGCGUCAGCUCCCCUAGGCAAAGCCUCGGGGCUGUUAAAACAAAAGCAGAUUCUCCUAAACGGAGGAAAAAAGAAGAUGGGGUUUCGGAGAACGUUGUAGCGUUGUCUCUUAGCAGUCAGCAAGUUCAGACGGAUAAAGAACAACCACAAGAAGAACAAGAAACGCCAUCCCCCGCCGCUCCACCCUUGCUCCCCAGAUCCAUCGAGUCACGGGAACCCUCUCCACCGCCUAUGGCAAGGGGUUCCUUUAGGCGAUGCUAUAGCGCUUCAAAACCAAAAGAGAAGGAGAGAUUACGCAAAAGAGCAGGGAGGAUCACACAUUCGAUCAACAUUCCAGAAAUGCUGUCGGCACGAAAAAAUAUGAAACCACCAGUCCUAGUAUUUCUGCUACAAGAUGAGAAUGGUUCUUGGAAUUUAACAGAUUCUCGUCUAGAUAAUUACCUUCCGGUAAAUGCUUCGGAAAUUGAGAAAAUGUUGGUUGAUUGUGGUUCGAAAUCGCUUGGUGUUCGAACGUUCAAAACCCUUUGCAAAAUGGUAGCGACCCUUUUGGUUUUGGCAUAUUUACGUCAAAAGAAAUGCUUUGCUUUUCAAAUUCAACUUAUCCCGCCGUUCAAAACGCCGGAGUGCCCCGUGGGGUCUGAUACCGAGUUGCACGCGAAGGUUGCCAAGGCGAUGACGUGGCUAAAGACCGCUGACCGCUCGGUACCGUGCCUGUGCACCCGACUACAGUUGGGCAACAAUUGGGAAGAGGUGAUUCCAAGGCUUUUGACUACAUUUGACCGAUUUGAACGUGAAACUAAGGUAUAAGGUCUUAGGAAAGAAUAAAUGCGUGUUGUGGACGUUUAGAACGAAACGAAAAUCUGGAUAAAAGUGACCUGCGAGUUUUAGUAUAAGUUUGUUCGUAUAAUUUAGUUAGGUUUUGUGUUCUUUUCGACUUUAAAAGUCGACUUAAUG